AUGAGUUUUGUUACUAGAAUCUCAAAGCGCAAAUGUUCAAUGAUUUGUAAGAAUUCUAAGUUUUUGCGAGAUGAACUGCAGGAGUUGGAGAGUAUUGUAGAUCCUGUACAUCGUGAAACUAAAAAUCUGACAGAUCGUAUGACACCAAGGGCCCUAUUUACCACGAAGCACAAGGAAUUGGUGAAAGAGGGCGAAAAGUCAAUGAAAGAAACAGCAACUUCUUGUACCGUUGUGGGUGCUCUCAUUGUGACCAUGAUGUUUGCUGCAGCAUUCACAGUUCCUGGAGGAAAUAAUGGAGAUACCGGUCUUCCUAUAUUCUUGAAUGAAAAGGUGUUCAAAACUUUUAUAGUCUCAGACGCUAUCUCCCUAUUUUCUUCCACAACUUCAGUAAUGACAUUUCUGGGAAUUCUCACAUCACGUUAUGCUGAAGAUGAUUUCCUCAAAUCAUUGCCCGGAAAAAUGAUAUUAGGCCUUUUCACCCUUUUUAUAUCUGUAGUCAGCAUGAUGAUUGCUUUUUCUUCUGCCCUUUUCAUCAUGCUCGAUGGAAAACCAUCCAUUGUCAUACCAGUCAUUUUGCUUUCCAGUAUUCCAAUUACCUCGUUCAUAUGGAUGCAAUUUCCCUUCCUUGUUGAGAUAUUUAUUUCUACUUAUCGAGCAGGGAUCUUUAACAAGAAUGUCGAACCUUGGCCUUAG